AUUGAUUUGCAACUUCUCGUAUCAUCUUUUUCCCUCAUCUUUUUUUCCUUGUUUUUUACCCUUAUAUAUAUAUAAGCAUUAUUUGUAGCUAUUUUUAUUUUAUCAUUUUUAUGUAUAUUCAUCUCUUUUUAUAUUAUCUUUUUAAUUGUGAUAGUUUAUCUUUUUUAUCUUUAUUUUCUUUCUUUUCCUUUUGGUUGUGAUAUCAUGUAUCGAUUCAUGUUAGCCGACCCCAAUAUCUUUGGGGACUAAGGUUUGGAUGUUGUUGUUGUUGGAGUUUGCAACUUCGAAGAGAUUUUAAUGUAGUUUUCGAAUAUGUAAAUUUUAAUUGUUAAAAAUUGAAUUAAUUAUCAAUUAAGAGAAUUUAACUAACAUUGGUUGACCAAAAGAUAUCGACUUGCAUAUCAAUUUGGGACGAAGGGAGAAUGAAAAUUGAUUGAAGGAUGGCUAAACUUUAAUCUCCCCAUAAACACUUGGAAAAAGUGGCAUUGUUUGGUAUUGAUAUGACAUGGAACCGUCCCGUUUGAAAGUGAAACCGUACCAAAUGGGUUCAGGUCUAAGACCGAACCGAACCGUUUGAAUAGUCACGGUACGAGUACGGGUUCGAACAAAUAUUGGACCGGACCGGACCGCGCUCACCCCUACUUCUGUCCGGACUAGAAGGGGGUUCUGUUUUCACCAGAACUGCUCUGCUUCUGUUCGGACCAGAAGGGGGUUCUGGUCUGGUUGCACCAGAAUUGCUCCAAGGCUUCUGGUCUAGUCGCACCAGAACUGCUCAAAGACGUGACAACCUUUAAAUGCCCAAAGUUCUUAUCAUUUAAUGCUUCUUUAAAUGGACAGUUUUUGACAUAUUAAUGCCCAACGUGCUGGUCAUUUAUGUCCAACGUUCAGGUCAAUUAAAGCUCAGUUAACACACUACAAAUCUGUCCAUAUAUAUACCUGACAGGUGUUUUGCAACAACACACGUUAAUACAUCUCACAACAUAGUUAGCACAAACGUUUUGAGCAAAAUCACACUUAAGUAUUCUGAAAUAUUUCUGUACUUUGUUCCUUGUUCGCCGGAACUUUCGUUUGUGUGCUCAAAAGAAACGUUCGUUAGCCACCGUGUCCUGGAAAAUGGUCGUUGCAAUGCUCCUAGCACCGUGGGAGGCGACAAAUACUUUUGAAGGAAAUCGUGCAUAGCACGAGCUCUGGCUAUUUUUUGUCUCAUCUAUUUUCCGGUUUUCUUUGGCUAUUUUAUUUAUUAAUUAAUUUUAUUUAUUAAAUAUUUCUUCGUUUUUUCCGAGACACACCCAAUAAGGCUCACACACACCACUUCAGGAUUGCUUAGCCCCUCCACCACUCACGGAGAUUAGCCUCUCCCGUCACACCUCUCAAGCUCACUCAAAGAAGCUCUCACAAAAGAAACUUACAUAAAGGAGGAAAAAGAAGACUCACCGGUUCUGUUAUUUGUUUCAUGCCUCACAAGCCUCGCUAUUUCUUGUACUCUAUGUCUCAGAGAAAGAGUCCUCAAUUAUAAGACAUCAAACGAUACCUUUUCAAUUAAAACAAAUCAUUGGAUGCUGAGGACAAAACAAGGAUAGAAGACCAAGGCCAAGUUGACUAGUUUACAACGUAGCGGAUAGAAUACAUAGCCAUGCAGCAAUAAGUAAUAAAUACAAGGUUGUGACAGGACUCAUCAUCACUGAACCAUUACAAGUUCAUCAGACAGAUAAUACAAGUAAGAGAUGAGAACCACAAACUUCUCUCAAACCAAGUUCACCAAGCAUACCUAGUCCAUAAUGGACUGAACUCUAGCAAUCGGUCGUCGAGUUCAAAACAAAAACUAUCACAAAGCUAUUAACAAACACAAUGUAUGUUAAUAGACCACAUAAGCAAUCAACUAAGAGAAGUUGGGGAUUGCAACUAAUCCAACAACCACACAAAGCAAGCACAAAGAAAACCAAAGAAUUAAUAUCUAUUGUUUUAUAUUGUACAACACAAUUAUAAAUAGCUGAGGUGUCACUCUAUUAUUGGUCAAUGAAAAUAUCUAUUUUCACUAUUAUAAAAACAUCUAAUUAUUUAACUAACUCACUGGAAGGGGAUGGGUUCUAAUAAGAACACCCAUUAACGUGAGAACGUGAGAACAAAUCCUGGUUACUAAUCUCAUCAAAUGGACGAUGAUAAAUGUUGAAGGCCCACAUUUCUAUUGUGCAUGGCGUCACACAUUAACGCAUAACAGAAGCUAUUUUUUGCAAACGUGCGCUCAUUUAAGGGUACAAAUGUCAAAUUACAUUGUAAGAUACGGCGUGUCUUCAUGGGGUACCAGUUUUUGUUUCCACUUCCCGAAGAAAUCACCAUAAUCACGCAAGCUUCCAUUCAUCACAAACCUGACAAAAAUGAAGAGGCUCAGAUAUGGUAACUACCAAAAUUGAUAAUUGAGCAUAUUAAUUUUACUUUCCGCCGUCGAAGUAAAAGAGGAAGUAAGCUGCAGAGAGAAGAAAUACUCAUGAACGACGACUAUGAGUUCUAUGAAAGAAGAGUUCGAAAUGAUGAAUCCAAUUUCUAAUAAUCAAGAAGGUAUGUGCUCGCAUUAGUAGAUGAAGUUAGUGUGCAUUUAGUGCAACACUAAGUGGGUUUAUUGGUUAGAUUUGGACGGAUUUUCAAUUGCAUGUGUGUAUUUUUGGUUGAUUUUGUAACGGGACAUUGUUAACAUAUAUGCGCAUUUGGAAUUUGGAAUGAAUGGUUCGAGUAAUAUGUAGUUUUGUGCAGUUUAAUUGUUAAACAGAGGGAUUUGAAAUCAUCCAGCUUUUUGUAUUUUUAAUUUCUGAGAUGAUGGUGUGGGUCUGUUUUGCUAUAACAUGAUUUUGAAGGGCAUGAUCAGGUUUGUGCAAGUAACAGAUUAUCGAUGUGCAUAUUGUGAAAUUGUUAAGUGUAGUGCAGUAGAAUGACAAGGUUGUGGUAGUAUACAUGGUUGUUAUGAUGUUGGUGUGGCAUAAUUUUGGUAGUUCAGAAAAUGCACAAUGAACUGCAUAAUGUGUACUUUCUUUCUUGGUUUGUGUAAUAGAAUGGUGAUUAUAACAAAUUCAAAAAAGAAACAUGUCUUUGUGCAACGUAAUAUAAAAAUUCUGUGAAUAAGGUUGUUUUCGUAUUUGUGUCAUGAAAAUUGUGAGUAGUGUCCUGGUUUGUGCAAGUAACAGGUUUGUGCAUAAUGUGAAAUUGUUAAGUGUAGUGCAAGUUGAAUGACAAGGUUGUGGUAGUGUACAUGGUUGUUGUGAUUUUGGUGUGGCAUAAUUUUGGUACUUCAAUAAAUACACAAUGAACUGCAUAAUGUGUACUUUGUUUCUUGGUUUGUGUAAUAGAAUGGUGAUUAUAAGAAAUUUAAAAAAGAAAUAUGUCUUUGUGCACCGCAAUAUAAAAUUUGUGUGAAUAAGGUUGUUUUAGUAUUUGUGUUAUGAAAAUUGUGAGUAGUGUCCUGGUUGAGAUGGAUAUGGUGCACUUGAAAGAAUGUAUUCGAGACUAUUGAAGGAAUUGAGAAACUGAACUGGUGCGAAUAUGUGAUGUCCACUCUAAUUGAGAACAGAGAAGCAUUGGAGAAUAACAAGUUCAAAAUCUUCAGUGGGUCGAUCCUGUUUUUGAUGGUAAGAUGCAAUGCAUUAAAACAAAAAAAAAAUUAUGUACUAACAUUGCCAAAAUUGCAGGUGUUUUAUGUGGAUAGGGUGGUGCUUUACAAGAGGACAAUACCAAAGAAAGUUCUGGCAGUAACUGGAUGGACAACAACUCUUUUGAGGGGAAGAGAAAACACGGAGGUAUAGGCUGGGGGUUUCGGUUUAGGUUACAUUGAUGAGCGGUUAAAGAUGGAUGAAUGUAAAGGCAGAGAAGAGAAGGAAAGCAAAGAAAGUAUAGAGGGGCAGGGGAUGCAGCUUCUACAUGAAUUUGAAUUGGAUUUUUAUUUAAAAUUGGAGGCAAAAAGUGACAUGUUAGCCUCAAUAGCGAGUGACAUGGUCACUUUGAUCGGAGAAGCCCCCAGUGACAUUCGAGGGAAAGACAGAUUGGGGAAGAUCUUGGAAGCAGCAAAUGUACUGAUUGCUUUCGCAAAAAAAACAAGAUGAAGGGCAGAGUGAGACGCCGAGACACCAAAGUGAAGAUAUGAACGUGAAUGAAGUGUUCUGGUUCGACCCACACAAUUUAGAUGCAUUAAUUGAAGCUGAAAAGUAUGGUUUGAGAAAGACUCGUUUUAGACGUGCGCUGGAAAGCAUUCCCAGUUUCAGCUUGGGAUUGACGCAGCCUGAACCGGAGCAAAAUGAAGCGAGGUUGAUCAUAGGUGAGGUGCACAAGAGCAAUGAGGAGGUACGCUUUUAGGCUAAAAUUAUAGGUUAACAACAUAAAGUGGAUUAAUUAUGUAAGUUUGUGUUGGUUAAAGUUUGUGCAUGUAUUAGAGUGCAUAAAUGUGAUUAAUAACAACCAUUAUCAUUUGUAAUAGGUUAAUGGAGGUGAUGUGGUGGUUGAGAAGGACAAUGAUAAGCAUGUAGAUUAUGUCGCGUAGUUAGUGUGGCAAAAAUUGUAAUACUUAGUGUACAUAUUUUGAGGUUAUGAAGAGUUAUAGGUUAAUGAAGGUAAGUUGAUGGUGGAGAUUGAGCAUAACAAACACGUACAUUUACAAUGAAUUAUUUGUUGGUGAAAUGAGAAAUACUUAGUGUACUGAUUAUUUUACAAAUUAUAUAUAAACUGGUGCACAAAACCACUAAUGAUGAAAGAGUCAAAAGAAAGGUCAAAACAAUGGAUCCUCUAAAAUCACCAUUCGUCACAAGAGCUGUGGACCCCACUGAAGCAUUGAUGGUUGUUGAAAAAGCAGUUGCUGCAUGGGUAUUACUGGAUCCAAAUGGGGAUAGGUAAAUCCUAGUCUUUGUAAAUUUAAAAAAAAAACAUGGCCUUAAUAUAAUUCCCAAAUUAGUUAUACAUAAUUGUUUUGUCAGUGCCGAGGUAGUAUUUAAAGUCAAGGAAUUCUGUGCAACAAAAACAAAUAUUAGAUGCAUGAAAGGCAAUGGUCAUAUUGAGAGUAUUGUGAUAAGCACUUGGGUAAAAGUUCUGAACACGAGAGCAGAACACAGGAGUACAGAUUCACCCUGACGUCUUUUCACAAAACUAUUUCCUUGUGUAAGUAAAAUAAUUUUGAAAUUCAUACGUUUAAUAAAAUGAACCCAUAAUAGUAUGUGUUGAAUAGAUUUUCAGGUCUAUACAACCGAUGCCCAAAAUAUGAUAGCACACGAACAGUUUAUGCUGUUUGGAGAAGGAAUAGAGGAUGCUUUGGAAGUCAUGAAAGAUUUUGUUAAUCUUAGUGACAUUGAUAUGGUUAGUUGCUUGAUAUUGCUUUGGUGUUUGGAUUAUAGUAAAAAAAAAAUAUGCAUAUCUAUGUGUGUGCAUAUUUUUGUUCCUAUUGUGCAGACCAAACACAUGUAUGUGAUUCGUGCCAAUCUGAAAACCCAAAAAAUUGAUAAUCUAGAUAACUCUUCUGCGAAAGGUGAUAGAUAUGGAAAAAUGGCUGAAAACAUAGUAAGUCAUAACACACACACAUAUAUCCGUGUAUGUUCAUACUGUUUAUGGGGCGUAGAAAAACCAUAUUGUUAAUGAUAUUAUGAACUACUGUAGAGAGAUAUGGUGCUAGAGUAUGUGAAAUAUGACCCUUUAGAUGCAAAAGGUGCAAUGCUAAGGAAUGUUAAACAAAAAAGGUUGUUAAUGACGCGGAGGGAUGAAAAAAACACCGACGACUAUGGAAUAUAUUGCAUGAGGCACAUGAAAACCUAUAAAGGGGAAGGUGUUCAAGCUUGGGAGUGCGGGCUCAAGAAAAAUGACAGGAGGCAGAUUGCAUCACUGCGGCUGAAGUACAUUGCUGAUAUGCUUUGUGCGGAUGUGAACGAGCUGAAAACAGAAGUAUUGAUGCGUGCGCGUGACUAUGAAAAAAAGAAGAAAGAAGAAAAGAAGGCAGGAAACUGGAAAGAGGAAAUUAAUAACAUUUGAACACUUUAAUGCUUUGGAUUACUUUUAAUUGUUGUUUUUUAUUGCAUGUUGCAUAUGACUUAUUUCUUGCCAGUGGAUUUAGGGUAAUAUUUCAUUUUCCUUUAAAUGUAGUGGUGAACAAAAGGUUGAGUAAUUGACUGCUGAAAUUAUAAAAUAUUUUGGAUUAUUUUA